AUGUCUAAGUUUGUCAUUCCAACUGCCUUAAAAGAAUUAAGAUUCCACUUAUCACAAACAGGAGAAGCCUCAAUACCUGUGAGAAACUUUUUGACUAAAAACUAUCCAUCUUUGAAGACUCAACUGAAUUACAAAUUACCAAUUUUGAUUAGAGAAAGUUAUGGUAUCCCACCUACAUUAACUGCCAGAUUUGAAAGAGGUGAAGAAGUGAAAACAAGUUUAGAAGGUUUAGAUGAAGCUGGUGUUGAAAAGGCAUUAAACGAAUUAUUAAAAAGAUAG